GAAAGAUGUCGCUGACAAGCUGGAGAAGGAUGGCGGCUGUUAUCUCUGCGGCGUUUGUCCUCUGCUCCCUUCUCACAACUGGUGUCCAUGGAGACAGCUUAACGGUGCUGCAGACUCCAGAGUUUGUGUCCUUCCAGAAAGGAGAGUGGCCUGUCUCUGGAGAGAAGAUCCCUGACCUGGUGGCUUUAACCAUGGGCUUCUCUGUUCAAGAGGAUCUGUCCUGGCCAGGCCUCCAGGCUGGUCCGUUGUUCCAGCGUCCCCGGGCAAAUGUGCUAGUGGUGGUCAGAGGAGUGGAUAGCCUGGCCCUGCCUCAGAGUGUGGCUUCUUAUCCCCUGGAGAACCCGGUGCCCUUCACCUUGGAUAGUGUGGCAGAGACAGUACAUUCUCUGUUUGCUGAGGACACACCUGUAGUGCUGCAGCUGGCCCCUAGUGAAGAGAGGCUGUAUAUGCUGGGUAAAGCCAACGCUGUGUUUGAGGAUCUACCAGUGACUUUGCAGCAGAUCCGUGCCCGUCUCUCUCAGGAUGGCUCUGUGCUGGCUUCCCUGCCCCUCAACUCACUCAGCCGAAAUGCAGAGGCUGAUUUGCUCUUCUUGUCUGAGGUCCAAGUACUGCAUGAUAUUACAGCUCUGCUGCAGAGACACAGGCAUUUGGCCAAGGACCACUCCCCUGACCUGUACUCCUUAGAGUUGUCCGGCCUGGAAGAGCUGAGCCGGGUCUACAGCCAAGACUCGCCCCAGUACCGUGACGCCACUGCUAUUCUUGCCACUGUCCUGCAGAAGUUUGGAGAGGACGUGUAUGGUCUCUAUGGCAACAGUGCUGUAGUGGAGGUUGUGACAGUGAAGACCUUUGAGGCUCCUUUGACCAGGAAGUCCCGUUCGAUUCUGGAAUCCAAACAGAUUAGUAACCCAGACAGUCCUUACAACCUGGCCUACAAGUACAACUUCCAGUAUGCUGUGAUCUUCAAUAUUGUGCUGUGGCUGAUGAUCGCUCUGGCUCUUGCCGUUAUUGCCAUCUCCUACAACCUGUGGAACAUGGACCCAGGAUACGACAGCAUCAUCUAUAGGAUGACCAAUCAGAAGAUCAGGAUGGAUUAAAUCCUGAGCAUUAACACUCCAUCUGUCGAAGUAGAGCCCUCUAGUGAAUGUUUGUGUUUUUGUGUGAGGUCUCGUUUAGUGAAAAACAUUUGACAGCUUUAUGGGGUGGAGGGGUGGGUGUAAUACUGAAUCAUCUUUUUGUUUACAAUGCUGGUAUGAUAAUUGACAAAAAAUAUCAUAAUUACAGCUACGGCUCUUCAUUUAGUCUACGUAAAGAGGUUAAACGACAUCCUCCACUAGUGUAUAGAUUGGACAAAAUUCAGUGUUCCUCCCUUGAACUCCAUGGCUCACAUCAUUCCUUAUAACUUAAACUCCUCACUAACUACGUUUCUUUUUUUCCCCCUGAUGAUUGCAACUUUUUUUUGUUUUUUGUAAAAAAAAUAUUGUGAUGUUAUGAAAGAAUGAGAUUUGUCUGGUUUCUGCGUGAAGUUGUUGUGCUUGUCUUGCUGUGUGAAACUUGUUUUAAGUUAAAUGAAAUUUAUGUGUAUAUAUUGAAAAUACAAAUACAAAUGUAUGAGGAACUGCUGUACUGUUAUUGUGAGAAGCUUUGUGCAUUGUUUAUUCCAGGUUAUUCACUCUGCUUCAAUUCCAUAUGGUAAAGACAUAUUGGAUAGCAGAAAUACUUGAUUAUAGUGUUGGUUGUUGAGAUCGGAUAGGAAUAAAUGAAGAAUAAGUAAGAUUAAACUGCAAUAUAAUGCCUGAUAAUAAAUUAUUACAUGGA